AUGAAUUUACAAACGAAUUGUGCACCAGAUAAGCAGGUCUCAUCUUCUACUACAACUAAUAAUUUUAAUGAUAUAAUAAGUUCAACAGUCACUUCACCAAUAAUUAAACCACAACAACAACAAGUACCGAUGCAACCUACUCAAAGAUCAACUACUCCUUCUAUAUUAUUACCACCUCAUAAUUUAACUUCUUCAACUACAAAAUCAAAUUUAAUAAAUGAUAAAUCAUAUACAAAUGAUCAUACAAUAAUUUCAAGAGAAUCAACUCCACAACUAGAUACAUCAUUAAAUACUCCUCAAACUCAACAACAACAAAAUACACCAACUCAAGAUGUUUCUGUAGUUACACCAUUUUUAGUGAAACAUAUAAGUGAUCAAAAUCUAAUACCAAAAGAUAAUUUUCAUAAAUAUUGUUAUCGUCAUAAUCCAGAUGUAACAUGUAAUAAACAAACAGAUGAAGUUAAAAUGAAAAAAAUUCAAGAUAAAUUAGAAAAUUUACCAAAUAGAGAUCAAGAAGCUAUAAGUCAUGUUUGGUCAAUUUUUAGUGCUGCUCCAGUACAUCAUAGACAAUUAAUUUUACAAGGUUUAUUAACUCAAUGUUGUUUUCCUCAAUUAUCAUUUAUAUCACAAGAAGUUUCAUCAUUAAUUAAAAUUGAUUUUAUAUCAAUUUUACCACAAGAAAUUUCUUUAAGAAUUUUAUGUUAUUUAGAUUGUAAUAGUCUUUGUAAUGCUGCACAAGUUUCAAGAAAAUGGAAAAGUUUAGCUGAUGAUGAUAGAGUUUGGCAUCAUAUGUGUGAACAACAUAUUGAUAGAAAAUGUCCAAAUUGUGGUUGGGGUUUACCUUUAAUGCAUAUGAAAAGAGCAAGAGAAAUGACUGAAGAUGAUAUAAAACCUAUAAAAAGAAAUGAAGAAGCUCAAGCAGAAGCAGCAGCGGAGGAGCAAAGACAACAAUCAUCACAACCACAAACUGAAGAUUCAUCAUCUCAACAGCAACAACAACAUCCAGCACAGCCUACACAAUCAGAAAAUAUCGAACCUAGUCGAAAAAAACAAAAAACCGAGAAAACAUCCCCAGUUCUUAAAAAAAGACCAUGGAAAUCAGUUUAUUCAGAAAGAUAUAAAUUAGAAAAAAAUUGGAGAAAAGGUAUAUAUAAAUUAAAAUCAUUCAUAGGACAUACAGAUGGUAUAACAUGUUUACAAUUUAAUAGAAAAUAUCUUAUGACUGGAUCAUAUGAUACAACUAUAAAAAUUUGGAAAAUUGAAACUGGUGAAUGUGUUAAAACUUUAACUGGUCAUACAAAGGGAGUAAGAUCUUUAGUAUUUGAUAAUCAAAAAUUAAUUACUGGUGGAUUAGAUUCAACUAUAAAAGUUUGGAAUUAUCAUACUGGUCAAUGUAUUGCUACUUAUAGAGGUCAUGAUGAUGCAGUAGUUAGUGUUGAUUUUUCAAAUAAAUCAAUUGUAAGUGGAUCAGCUGAUCAUACAGUUAGAGUAUGGCAUGUUGAUUCAAGAACUUGUUAUACUUUAAGAGGUCAUACAGAUUGGGUAAAUUGUGUUAAAAUUCAUCCUGGUUCAAAUACUAUAUUUAGUGCAAGUGAUGAUACAACUAUAAGAAUGUGGGAUUUAAAUACAAAUCAAUGUCUUAAAAUAUUUGGAGGUUUAGAAAAUAAUGGUCAUAUUGGUCAAGUUCAAUGUGUUAUACCAUUAACUUAUAAAGAAGAAUUAAUUGAAGAUCAAUUAAGUGAAAAUGAAAAUGAAACUGAUCAUAGUACUUCUUCACAAAAUAAUCAACAAUCUUCAUUAAAUACAAAUAUAAAUACAAACUCAAAUCCUAAUUCAACCACAACAGCAAACAAUUCCAAUUUAACACCAAAUUUAAUACCAGCAACAACUUCAAAUUCUUUACCAACUCAUCUCCUAACAUCAUCAUUAGAUAAUACAAUAAAAUUAUGGGAUGUAUCAACAGGAAAAUGUAUUCGUACACAAUUUGGUCAUAUUGAAGGUGUUUGGUCAAUUGCAUCAGAUACUUUUAGAAUAAUAAGUGGUGCUCAUGAUAGAUUAAUUAAAGUUUGGGAUUUACAAAAUGGUAAAUGUUUACAUAGUUUUGGUAAUUCUUCAAGUGUUUCUUGUGUUGGUUUAAGUGAUUCAAGAUUUGUUUCUGGUUUAGAAAAUGGAGAAGUUAAAAUGUUUUGUUUUGAUUAG